AUGGACGGUGAGCCAGAAGCAGCCUCAGAGCGAAUUCUCCUGGAGCCAUACAAAUACUUGUUGCAACUGCCAGGGAAACAAGUUAGGACAAAACUUGCUCAAGCGUUCAACCACUGGCUCAAUGUUCCAGAGGACAAACUACAGGUGAUCAUUGAAGUGACAGAGAUGUUGCACAACGCCAGCUUGCUGAUAGAUGACAUUGAGGACAACUCCAAUCUGCGGCGAGGUUUCCCUGUGGCCCACAGCAUCUAUGGUGUUCCCUCAGUCAUUAACUCAGCCAACUACGUGUACUUCCUGGGUCUGGAGAAGGUGUUGACACUGGACAACCCCGAAGCAGUGCAUGUGUUCACUCGGCAACUGCUGGAGCUACAUCGUGGCCAGGGUCUGGACAUACACUGGAGGGACACCUACACGUGUCCAACAGAAAAAGAGUACCGCCACAUGGUGCUGAAGAAGACCGGAGGUCUCUUCGGCCUGGCUGUGGGACUGAUGCAGCUCUUUUCUGAUUGGAAGCAGGACCUGAAGCCCCUCCUGGACACACUGGGACUCUUCUUUCAGAUCCGGGAUGACUACGCUAACCUGAGCUCGCGCGAAUACAGUGACAACAAGAGCUUUUGCGAGGACUUGACAGAAGGCAAGUUCUCUUUCCCUACUAUCCACGCUAUCUGGUCGUGUCCAGAGAGCACCCAAGUGCAGAACAUACUAAGACAGCGCACUGAGAACUUGGACAUCAAGCGCUACUGCGUUGAUUACUUGGAAAAGGUGGGUUCGUUCGCGUACACCCGGAAGACGUUGCGAGAAUUGGAAGCUGAGUCUUACCGUUUAAUCAGGGAGUUUGGUGGAAACCCUCAACUCGAAAGCCUGGUCAAACUUCUCAGCCGUAUGCAUCAAGAUGCUGAAACAGAGUCAAAUACCGAGGAGCACUCCAGCCAUGACCACUGA